AUGGUCCACCGACUGUUCUCCGUGGAUGUGGUCAUGGCUUUGCUGGAGCAGCCAGAGAGAAGGCUGGAGGAGUGUCAGGAUCCGGAGCUCGCCACCUUUCUGCCACAGAAGUUUUUGAUCCAGGAUCUGCUGUUUGCUCGAAGGAUGGAUGACUCUCCCACCGUCCAAGGCCACGCCCUUUCUUGCCUGGCUCAGUGUUUAGAACUGCCCUCACUCAAUGUCACCAGGGCCGUCCACAACCUCUUUUCUACCACUGGGACUCAGACGGGACUGGACAGUGAACUCACUGGAGUACCUUCCUGCACGCAGAGCAACAUGAAGAGUCUGCCUUUCAGGACAGUGGAGAUCAGCAGUGCCGACAACUCCAGCUCUGAUGCAGCAAAGGAAAACCUGGCUCUUCUUCUUCGCCGUGUGAAGGACUCAAAGACGAACGUCAGGAAGGCAGCGCUGCAGGCCUUGUUGGGUCUCCUGAAGCAUGACGUGGUUCCGCCAACCUGGGAGAAUCUGGAAACUCUGUCAGAGCGAACCAGAGACCCAGCUGUGUCUGUGAGGAAGAAGGCUUUGCAGUGUGUUGAAGAGCUGCUCAGUGCCAAAGCAGAGUGCAGCACAGUCCAGAAGGUGUGGCUGCAGGGUGUGCUGCCAGCAGUGGUGGACUCUGAAAGCUCAGUCCAGGAGAAGGCAUUGGAUGCUCUGGAAAAAGUGCUGCUCAGUCAAAUCAAACCGUACUCUGCCAGCCAUCACAUGGAUACAAAUCAGAGGCUUACAUGGGACCUGCUUGGGUUGUUGUCCCAUGAAUGCAGAAACCUGAGCCGUUAUUUCAACAGAACCUUCACCAUUUGGUCCAAGCAGAACAAGUUCACGCCAGCUUUCAUCACUAACCUGAUGUCACACUUUAAGGCCGAUCAUGCUGCAGGAGCCUGGCUGCUGCUUUCCAAAGUCGCCACUUCAUGUCCCAAACUCCCAUGUGGUAAAAUCCUGGACUCGUGGGAUGCAUUGAUCAAGUCAAGGGAUGUGGAUGUGACAACCUUCUGUCACAUCCUAUCUGUUGUGGGAGACAUCGCUGUUCAUUUAAACAAUGAUACCAAGAAGAGGAUAGUUGUGGACCUAAUGUCUUUGUUGAAGAGUUUCACUUUGUCUCUAGAGCUGAUCAGUGCAGCUGUGCAGACUCUUUAUCAGCUUGGCUGUCAGGAGAGCAUCAAACAGACCCAGGCUUUUCUAGACGAGCACUGUGGCGAGCUCUUGUCUAUUUGUGAAGCUUAUUUAUCCGCUGUCAUCCUGAAUGAAAAUGGAGCCCAGGACUUUGAUGAAGAACUGAUGAUAAAGCAUCUCCAUACUCUGGGUGUGACAUCACUUCAAUGUCCGGCAAAAGUCAGCAAGAAGACUGUUCUGUUGGUGGAAUCUGUGCUGACGGCAGAUUCUGACAACCUGCCAGAUUGCCAGAACGAUGUCCCACCUUCACUGCCUCUGUCUCAGUUCCAAGUCAACUCUUUACCCCCCCGGAUCAAAGCCCACGGAGUCUUGACUUUUGGGAAGUUGUGUCUGCAGCGGGAGGAGCUCGUCCACAAGUAUCUGCCGGUUUUUGCCAGAGAGCUGGAGGUCGGCAAAGAGGUCGCUGUGCGUAACAACGUUGUGGUGGUCAUGUGUGAUCUUUGUGUUCGAUACACCAACAUUGUGGACCAUUACAUCCCUGACAUCUCUGCCUGUCUACGAGACGACGAGGCCGUCAUCAGGGAGCAGACUCUGAUCAUGCUCACUAACCUGCUGCAGGAGGAGUUUGUCAAAUGGAAGGGCUCCUUAUUCUUCCGCUUCAUGAUGGCACUCGUCGACCCAGUCCCUGCUAUUGCCAGUUUGUGUGAGUACUGUCUACUCCACCUGCUGCUCAAGAAGAACCCAGAAAUGUUCAGUCAGCACUUCAUUGAGUGCAUCUUCCACUUCAACUCCUACAACAAACACAAGUCCUACAAUAAGUUCCCUCAGACUGAGAGGGAAAAAGUUCUGUUCUCCCUGAAAGGAGCUCAGCACCGCGAGAAGCGCUUUCGGAUCUAUCGCUUCCUGUUGGAGCACUUCACAGAUGCACAGCGCUUCAACACCUCCAACAAGAUCAACCAGACUGUUUUAGCAUGCUUUGCUGAUGAGGAGCUGCCUCUGGAUGCAGACGGUGCUGAGAUUUUAUCUGAGACAUUUACCAUCUUGAGCCUAAAGGAAAUGAAGCUUCAAGCUACAUCUGCUGGAGGUGCUGCAGGAGAAGAACCAGAGGAGGAGAACAUGGCCAGGGCUGUCCUGCAGGCUGCACAGAAGAAGGUGAUGUCACAGGUCCAGAAGAAGGCUUUCGUUGAGAACACCAUUCCCUUAGUCAUCAGCCUGAAGAACCUGCUGGAGCAGAGAAGAUCUCCUGUCCUCAAAGACCUCAUGGCCUACCUGCAGGUGAUGAUGCAGGGAUACCGCAAUGAGGUGAAGGAGUUUUUCUCUGGAGACGAGCAACUGGCAGCGGAAGUGGAAUUCGCUCUGAAGACAAUGGAAAAGGAAAAGGAGAUGCAGGAACAGAUGGAGAACUGCAGCCUGAGAGAAGAAAGAGCAAAACCACCAACCGCACAGGGUUCAGUCCCCAGCUCUCCCCUUAAGCAGAGUCGCAUGCUGGCUUUAAACUUCACCACACCACAGCCUCCUCGUCCACACCCACAGAUGGUCAGACGACCUAUGACUGACUCGCGGGUGUGCAGAUCUAGACCAGAAGAGUGCAGCAUCUCAAAAUCCAUUGCCCUGGAAGGAACAGGGAGGCUAAGCGAAGCUCUGAAAGAUAGAGCCUUCAGCACACCCAAAGGCACAAACGUUCAAAUAACAUUUCAUGAAGGCCUCAGUGCAAUCUACAGUGACCAGGCAUCGACCGCCAGUGGAGAAGCCAGCGUCCUUCACAUGAGACCAGAUGAGCAGGAAAAUGCUGGUCCAAAGUUCUGGAAUGUUCAGUCUCCUUUGCGCCAGAAGAAAAGAUCUUCCAAAGUGUAGCUGACUGACAGUUUCAUGUGUUCAUGGGUUUUUGUUUUGUGUCAACUUUACUGUAAGUGCUGUCUUCAUUAUUACAACAUUUUUAUUGUCGUCACUUCCUAAUGAUAUUCUGACCUUUUUUUACGUGUCUGCUGCAUUUUGUUUCAAUAAUAAAGUCCUUAGUAACGAAGUGA